AUGACACAGCUCACAACCACCAUUGCGACUCAUCUGUUAACGAUUCAGCAACGAGUAAACGAAGACAGCCAGCGAUUGUGUCCUUGCUCUACAUUCAACGCUGUUGAUCGGCAGCAACCGGUUUCCAAGAGGUCUUUGUUUCACGGCAUACUACAACAACAUAUUGUCGAUGAUAUCCAGCCGCUUUAUUCAUUCAACAACGACACGCAUUACCGGUUCAUGUUACUGCUACCAAGGCUUUUGAGUACUGGUCGACCCUUUAUCAAGCACAAUGUUUUGAGUCAUGCGUGUCAAGUUUGGAUGCAGCAACGUUUUCGUUUUUCACUUUUGAUGUUGGAAUACACAGUGAGGCUGCACGAUGCGAUCACAUUGAUUGUGGAUGAUGCCACCUUGUCAACAGGUGCUGGAACACGCGAGGAAACUCUGGAAUGCGUACCCGACAUGGUGCCUUGGGAAAAGAAAAGCUAUAUCGACAUUCCAACAAUUUGA